CGUGCGCCUCACUUCCGCACUCCCACACCACACUCGAGAGCCCAGCACGCACACGAGCACGAUGGCGUCCACCACCACCGCCACCUUCCUCGCCGUCUUCCUCCUCGUGGCGGCGUCGUCCUCGGCGCCGGCGCGGUCCUGCGCACCGAGCGACCUGCACGCGCUGCUGAGCGUGAAGCAGGCGCUGGGCAACCCGGCGACGCUGUCGACGUGGACGGCGUCGUCGCCCAACUGCUGCGCGUGGGACCACCUCCGGUGCAACGACGCCGGGCGCGUGAACAACGUCUUCAUCGACGCCGCGGACGACGUGCACGGGCAGAUCCCGUCCGCGGUGGGCGGGCUGACGGAGCUCAUGUCGCUGACCCUGUUCAAGCUGCCGGGGCUCACGGGCUCCAUCCCGGCGUGCCUCACCGCGCUGUCCAAGCUGGAGUUCCUCACCAUCUCCCACACCAGCGUGUCGGGCGCCAUCCCGGAGUCCCUGACGCGGCUGCGCAGCCUCGACUCCGUGGACCUCUCCAGCAACCAGCUGACGGGCACCAUCCCGGCGUCGUUCGCCGACCUGCCCAACCUCCGGUCGCUUGACCUCCGGCACAACCAGCUGACGGGCACCAUCCCGGCGGGGCUGGUGCAGGGGCAGUUCCGGUCGCUGAUCCUGUCCUACAACCAGCUGACGGGGCCCAUCCCGCGCGACGACGCCCACGACGAGAUCAACACCGUGGACCUCUCCCACAACAAGCUCACCGGCGACCCCUCCCACCUGUUCGUCGCCGGCCGGCCCAUCGGCAAGGUGGACCUGUCGUGGAACUACCUCGACUUCGACCUCAGCAAGCUGGUGUUCCCGCCGGAGCUGACGUACCUGGACCUGUCCCACAACCACAUCCGGGGCACGGUGCCGCUGUCGCUGGAGCGCCUGUCCACGCUGCAGAAGCUGGACCUCAGCUACAACCGCCUGUGCGGGCCGCUCCCCAAGGGCCACGGCGUCAUCAAGCACGGGUGCAAGCCGUACGCGCACAACCAGUGCCGCAAGGGGACCCCGCUCGCGGGAUGCCAGGACCUGGAGUGAGCCGGCCGGUCGCCCGGACCCCGCCGGAGCUGGGAUUUCUCUUCUCUGCUCUCCCUCUCCCUCGUCGGCCUCUGCUCUCUCCCUCGUCGGCGUGCGGCGGCGCACGUGUGCUUUUCGCGUCCCGAUCGUGGUGGUGUGUGUGUAAGCACGACGGUGCCUGGUGUGUUUAGCUAUAGACAAAAGUACGGCCGCGUAAGCACGCGCGGUUGAUCUUGAGCAGUUAAGCGUGUACGAAAUGACAGCUGUGUACGUGUACUGUGUCUGAUGAAGUGUGGGAUGUAGUACUGUGUAUUUGGUAUGGAUCUGAUGUAUGAAAAGGAUGUUUACGUACUAUAAAUGGCAAAUCAUCAUAUAUUUCCUCUUUUUUUUUU